ACUGCCAAACUGAAUAUCGAACGCAAACAACAGUUCACUUAAUUAGAAAACUCAUCAAAGAAGCAAGAAAAACCGAACGUACAAAAAGAUUUUUAAACAAAAAACCAGAAGCCAAAGAAAAAAGCUUUGCUGAGAAAUCACAACACAAAACUAGAAAUGUCGAUUUUCGAAAAUCCUGAAAGCAUACGCAUGCUGCGCGAUUUGCUCACACCCCCCGAGGAGCGAGACAAUUCGGACACCGACGACGAUGAGCCGGUUGCCGGUAACAGCAAGCAGUGCAACAAUUUCACGCCCGCACAUUUUGGCAGCAGCAACGGCAACGGCAAUGCAGGUGGCAGCAAACAAAAACAAGCGCAACAAGGAGGGCAAACACCCGAACGCAGCGCGUUGCCAACAAGCAUCGAAGAAUGGCAAAAGCAGCAGGAGCAGGAGGACAAUGAGAUUUUAGAGACGCGCCGGCGACCCGAGUACAGCAUGACCUAUCGGCAAGCAGUGGGCACGGAGGACCUCUAUCUGCAGAUGGGCAAUCGCACUAAUGCCACGGCCAGUUGUGAGGAUUUGUUGCUGGAGAUACUGCUGCCGGACGAGACGACACCGGCGGAUAAAAUGGAUUUGUCAAUUACCGAAGAUGAAGUGGAUUUGGCGACGCCAAUUUAUCGCCUCAAAUUGCCACUGCCGCACAAGGUGAACGUGGACCGUUGCCGGGCCAAAUAUGUGGCUGAGCUGCGCAAACUCUGUCUGACGUUGCGACUGCAACGUGAAUUCGAUUAUGUGAACUUUUAGAAAGGCCAAGCGCUAAGCUGCUCAACGCUCGAUAGUCGCUGCACUAAAACAACAACAACAGCUACAAUAACAACAACAACACUGACUAAAUGUAAAGUAAAACUAGCAGUGCACUGCAGUGGAUUUGUUCUUCGCUCUAUUUUGUAUGCAAUAAAUUUUAUU